UUAUAUAAUCUAAUAAUUUCAAUUUCUAAUUAAAAAUAUUUAUUAUUAAUUUUAUAUGCACCAUAACUAACAAUGUGUAAAUCAAAUUUUAAUGACAUAAUUUACUUUCAUUCUAAAAACUUUUUGAUUCUGUCUAGUUAAAAAUUUUUCAUUUUUAACUUUGACAGUUGAUAUUUAUUUGCUAUUAAAGUUAUAAAUGUAUGUACACUUAAAAGAAAUUAUUGGAUGUCAUGUCUGAAAACUGUGAAGAAGUAUUUAAGCGUGCUGGUUCAUUUCGUCGAGUUAUAGCCCCUGGAGAUGAUACCACUAGUGUAAGUGGUAUUGCUGUAAAACCAAACAAUAAAAGUAAUUCAUAUUUAAAUCCAAACUACAUACCAUUUUUCUUGGAGUAUACUUUAAUGUCAGAAUUUAAUAUUCUCAGCAAAAAAAAGAUUCCUGGAGUAUAUGUAAUGCCAGCUGCUAAAACACCAUUUAUAUGGUUUGGAGUAAUUUUUCCUCGAUAUGGCUUAUAUAAAAAUGGAGUUUUCCGCUUUCGAAUAAUAAUUGAAAAAACAUGGCCAGAUUGUGAUUGUCCAAAAGUAAUUAUUGAAACCCCUAUAUUUCAUCCUCUUGUUGAUGUAGUAUCGGGUGAAAUGAAUAUCAAGUACCAUUUCCCAGAAUGGAAAAAAGGAGUUAACCGAAUCUGGCAUGUCAUUAAUCAUGUUCAAAAGUCAUUUUGUGAUAUACCUCGUAUAAAAAAACCAGUUAAUCUUGAAGCUGCAGAACUAUUAAAAACAGAAAAUGAAAGAUUUGUUAAAAAGUGUGAAGAAUGUGUUGAACAAAGUAGAAUAGAUAUAUACAAACAACCAAAUCAACCUGAAUGUGAAGAUCCUCAUUAUAUUUUAUUUGAUCGAUAUGACGAAGGAAUUCAUGGAUUAACUAGACAAUCAUGGAUUCAUCAAAAAGAGAGUGAAAGUAAAAACCCACCGUUAUCAUGGGUACAACCUGGAUCACUGGAACCUUUUUCAAGAUCUGAUAUAUGAAUUUGAAUGUUUUCUCUUAUUUAAUUUAUUUCAUAAGUCAAGAAUGAGGUUAUUAAUCUCAGUAAUUUAAUUAAGCUAAAGUAACUAUUUAUGUAUGGUUAUUUGAAAUUAUUUUAGUUUGACUCUACUCUAAUGUUUGAAAUACACAACAAAAAAAUGUAGAAUAAUGCAAAUUGCAUUUUGUAUAAUGUAUAUGCACGGUAGAAACUUACAUUAAUGAUAAGUUAUGUUAAAUAUAUUGAAUAAGUUCAUAUAAAUUCACCCUAAAUUUUUGAUAAUAAUAUUGUUUAUGAAAUAUUUUUGACUUUACCAUAUUUCUAUAUGAGCACAUGAUAGUGAAAGACAGGCUAAAUUGUAGUAAUGCUAGUGUAUCUUUACAGGAAAUUAUUAGCCCUCUUUGAGGAUGACGUUUUAUUCUUUAAACAUUGAAUAUUUCAAGAUAUAAAUUAUAUUAUUAUAAAACUGUAGAUGAAUCAGAAAAUCAUUAAAUAUUUGUAUGAGACUGAUUUUUUUAAUUCUUUUUGGAAUUUAUUAGCAAAUAUUUUAUCUACAAUCUUAUAUUUUAUAUUACUUAAAU